AACGCUUGAAGACCUCACAGAGAGCAACUUCUUGGUAGAGAAUUGACUCAGCGAUGCAGAGCUACUCAGUGCAUGGGGGGAUCCCGAUGAAGGACCAGGGAGCCCCGAUCGCCCAGCAAGUUGUGGUGUCCAUGCCUGACCAAAGAGUCAGUGAUGAUAUCAUCUUCUCUACAUUCAACCUUCACUUCUUUAACCCUUGCUGUCUGGGGUUCGGGGCCUUCUACAACUCGAUAAAGGCCAGGGACAGCAGAUAUCUUGGAGACUUUUCAAAGGCACGUCAGUAUGGCGCUCGAGCUCGCCGAUUAAACAUCGCUGCAGUCAUUAUUGGUUGCAUCAGUGUACUUACUGUCAUCAUCAUCAUCGUUACAAUGAAGAACAACAGUGAAGCUACUUUACCAUACCAUUAUCGUCAAUAAUUGCUGAUUUUGAAAUAUACUUCUUGUCUGUAUUUCCUUUGAUUUUCCUAAAACCUUUCAUUAAAACAUAUCUGUUGAAACUGUA